AUGUCCUUGAAACUCAAACUAAACCUUGGAGGAAACAAGGACCUGAAGAAAAAUGGCGACCAACCGACGCCUGUCAUCAAGUUCAAACCGCCCACGCUAAAAACCGAAGACACGGGAAGUGUUCACAAACCCAAACCUCCAAAGGAAGUCAAGAAACUCAAAAUCAGUCUAGGCCGCGCGGCUCAAGCAGUGGCUGCGGCUGAAUCGGCUGCACCAUCACCUAAGCCUGCUCCUCCUCCAAAAUCAGUACCGAAAUUGCGUAUUAAACCGACUAGAAUCCCUGGUGAAGGCUACGAUAGUGAAGCACCUGAUGUAGAAGAUGAUCCCCUUAUAGAGCAUGGAAUUGCCAUUCGUUUCGUCAAUGAUGCCAACUUGGACUUCGUACAAAGCGCGGUUGAUACCGGCGACUUCUCCAACCUCAACAUUAAAUGGAUUACUCGUGAUAAGGCAGUGGUCAAUGUGAACCUGACAUUAUAUCUGGCCAGGCUAAUAGAUUUGCCCACACUCACGGAGAUAUACAAAACUGUAGAUAAGAAGAACAUUUUCAAGACCAUUGAUAUCAGUCAGAUUUUGUUGGUGCUCCGAACGAUCAACCCUAAGCUGUUGAACAUGGAAAAGGCAUUCGAGGUGCCUGAGGAAUAUACCUAUACCCAUCCGCUAUAUACGCUUUCUGUGAACAACGAGAUCAAAGCCACGAAAACAGUAUUCCGCGAUGGUCUCCUGUCGUCACUCGAAGAUGUGUAUCGCCGGUUUAGACCGCGGAAAACUAACCACAGGCUUAUGACUGAUAUCGAACUGCGCGUGGACGACCUUGUGCGGCGUGAUAACGACGCCGAAGAGAGUCACUAUGAGUACGUUAACCCGAAGAAACAGGCUCAUAAGUUCACUAAUGGCACUGACAGACCAGCACUCAAUUCGACUAUGCUGCGUCCAGAUUUCAACGCCAUGCUGGUGGACUCUCGGCCACCUGCAGAGGAUCAAACAGAUGGCGAAGAGCAAGAAGAAGAGGAUCAACAGGCUCACAAUUUGGAGGCGGACUACGAUAAUGUCUUGGAGCGUGAGUUGAUUGACGUCCUUGACUCCACCUCCAACACCACUGCGGCCACUGUUCUCAUGCAAUCCAAAUUUGGCAAUGAAGAGGGUGAAGCUGAUGCAGAUGAUGGUCAUGCUGAUGAUGACGACGAUGAUGAAGAUGAUGAUGAUGACAAUGACGAUGAUGACGACGACGAGGAUGAUGCUACCAAGGAAGAUAACUCGCGCGCCAAAAAGCUAGAGGAAGAGAUUGUGGAGCUCCAAAAGGCAACCGAAAAACAAAAGCAUUUGUUGGCUACUGCCAGCUACAAGAUGAUGAGAAUGAAAUUCCAGUCGAACUACAAUCACUUGAAGACGCAGCUCGAUCAGAAGAAGAGAGAAUUGAGCAAAGUGCGCGAGCAGCAGCAAAAACAAGCAAACCUCACCAAACCUCAACAUAAACCCACUAUUCCUAACCCCGAGGAGGAAGAGGAAGAAGAGGAAGAAGAAGAUGACGAAGAAGAAGAAGAAGAACCCGAGAGAGACGACCAACCUGAGACUUUGCAGCAAGACUUCGCACCAGAAGCUUUGGAAGCCAUUACCGAAAACAAUUCCAAUGAUGUCGAUGAUUUUGAUGAUUUCCAGGGUCUUUUUUAG